CGCAGAGCGGCGGGGAUGGGGACCCGCGGCGGGGGGCUGUACGUGGGGCGGAGGGCGGCGGCCCUGGGGGCCGCGCUGCUGCUGGCGCUGCUGGUCGCACUCCUGGCGCUCGCCGCUCUCUACGGGCGCUGCCGGCAGGAGGCGGCGCCGCCGCCCUCGCCCUCGCCCCGCGCCCCCGACCCCGCCGCCCCUCCGCCGCCCACUCCUGCUGCCAGCUCCGUUCGCCGCCUGCCCCGCCACCUCCUGCCGCUCCACUACGACCUGGAGCUGUGGCCGCGGGUGCGGCCGGGCCAGGCGGGGCCCUUCGCCUUCACCGGGCAGGUGAACAUCACGGUGCGCUGCCUGCAGGACACGGACACAGCGGUGCUGCACAGCGCUGGGCUGCGGAGCCGCGGGGCCGCCGCCGUGCGCGGGCCCCUGUCCGAGCCGGGCGCCGCCGUGGAGGUGGCGGGGCUGCGGCAGGAGGAGGCGGGCGAAGUGGCGGUGCUGGAGCUUCGCGGCCGGCUCCGCGCCGGGCGCCGCUACGUGCUGCAGCUGGACUUCCAGGGCCGGCUGGAGGAGGACCUCGACGGGCUCUUCCUCACUCGCUACACCGACCGGGGGCAGAGCAGUAUGCUCAUUGCCUCCCAAAUGGAGCCAACGUUUGCCAGGAGAGUUUACCCAUGUUUUGAUGAACCUGCCAUGAAGGCCACAUUUAAUAUCAGAAUUAUCCAUGACCCAAGCUAUGUGGCUCUUUCCAACAUGCCUGCUAUUGAUGUAUCUGAAGUGAAGGAUGAAAAUGGAAGCCUGUGGACAGUCACCACAUUUAACACUUCACUGAAAAUGUCAACUUACUUGACUGCUUUUGUGAUUUGUGAUUUCGAUUACGUCAGCAGAACUGAGCGGGGCAAUGAGAUCCGUAUUUGGGCCCGGAAGGAGGCAGUUAAAAAUGGAUAUGUGGACUAUGCUUUAAAUAUCACAGGCCCAAUAUUUUCGUUUCUGGAAGACACACUUAAUGUCAGCUACCCUCUGCCAAAGACAGAUCUGGUUGCACUGCCUGAUUUUGGAGCAGGUGGUAUGGAAAACUGGGGGCUAAUGAUUUUCCAAGAAGCAUCAUUGAUGAACCUCCCAAGUGAUGAAUUCACAAGCAGGAAGGCAAUGAUUGCCUUAAUUGUGUCACAUGAAGUAGGACACCAGUGGUUUGGAAAUCUGGUGACAAUGAAGUGGUGGAAUGAUCUGUGGCUUAAUGAGGGCCUGGCAUCUUACUUUGAGUACCUGGGAGCCACCUUUGUUGAACCCAAGCUUUCACUGGAUAAAAUCUUUUAUGCUCAUGUUGUACAACCUGUCUUAAGGGAAGACAGUGAAAUAGCUCGAUCACUGUCAGAGAGUGAAGACAAGAUCAAAGGAUCAUUUUCUUUAAUGUUUCUUUUUGACAACAUCACAUACAGCAAGGGGGCUUCUAUAACCUGGAUGCUUUCUGGUUUCCUGACUGAAAAGUUGUUCAUCAGAGCACUUACUUCCUAUCUGAAAGAAUUUUCCUUCUCAAAUGCUAAUCAAGAUGAUCUGUGGACCCACAUCCAGAUGGUCGUAGAUGCACAGGAUGAAGUUCAGUUGCCAGCACCUGUAAAGCAAAUAAUGGAUUCCUGGACAUGCCAAAAUGGGUUUCCAGUUUUAACAUUAAAUCUAACUACUGGAACAGUCACACAGGAACAAUUUUUUAAUAAAAACAAUAGAAAGAGUACUGAUUCUUACAAUAACACCUGGAUUAUUCCUAUUUCUUGGAUGAGAAAUGGAUCAUCACAACCGUUAACCUGGCUAGAUAAAAGCAGCAAAAUGUUUCCUGAAAUGCAAGUAUCAGAGUCAGACUAUGACUGGAUCUUGCUAAAUGUAAAUUUAAGUGGAUACUACAGAGUGAACUAUGACCAAUUAAACUUGAAGAGAUUAGCACGCUUGCUUGAAAAUGAUCCAAAGGCUAUUCCCGCUGUCAGCAGGUUCCAGCUGAUAGAUGAUGUUUUUGCAUUGACAGACUUUGGAUAUGUUCCAAUUGAAACAACACUUGAACUAACUAAAUACCUUGCCAGAGAAGAUGAACUCUUCAUAUGGAAUGUGGUAUUGUUAAACCUUAUACCUGAGAAUUUGGAAAGUACACUGAAGAACCAUGAAGUAUAUCCACUUUUAAAGAAAUACCUUUUAAAGAGAAUGUUGCCAAUAUACCAUUAUUAUGCAGGUUUUAUUCGUCAAAAUGCUGAUGCUUUGGAAGAUGACUAUUUUGCUCAAGCGUAUUUGGAAAAACUCUUGGCAACGGCGUGCUGGCUGGGCCUCCAGGACUGUUUGGACCUGUCAUCUGAACUGUAUGCUAAGUGGAGGGACAACCCCAAGUACAAAAUCCCCUUUCUAAUUAGAAGGACAGUCUGCUGCUAUGGCAUUGCAGUGGGAAGUGAUAAAGAAUGGAAUUUUGCAUGGGAAAUGUACAACCAUACCGACUCCAUUAAGGAAGAUGAAGACAUCCUGCUCUAUGCCAUGAGCUGUGCCAAAGAGUCAUGGUUACUUUACAGAUACUUGCAAUAUGGGCUCAGUGACACAAUAUUUUCUUCCAAUUGUACUUCAGUCAUCAUCUCACAUGUAGUGACUAAGGAUAUUGGGCACCGUAUAGCCUGGGAAUUUGUUACGGAAAAUUGGCCCCUUUUAAGUCAAGGAUAUGGGCAUGAAUUAUUGCACGAUGUACUAAAAGCCAUGGGAAGAUUUGUCAAAACAGAUGUACAGAUCCAAGAGUUGCAGGUUUUUUAUAAUGCUACUUUGGAAGAGGAUGAGAGAGAGGCUAUUACUAUGCUACUGGAAUCUGCAAAACUUGAAAAUACUGAAAGGAGAAAACUACUAGUCAAAAUUGCCAGCUGGUUAGAGAAAAACAUAGAUGAUUGACCUGGAAAACAAUUUCCAGUAUAUUAUAUGUGAUUCACUAUCAUAUUGGUAUUCAUUAUAUGCUGUAAUUAAAUGUAAAGCACAUUUUUAUGAGUCCUGGGGUUGUCUUUCCACUGUAAAGUCUGGAUAAAAUGAUUUACAAAGAAAUCAAGGAUUUAGGAAAAGAAGUUAUAAACAGAUUUGCAUCUCAUAUCUAAAGUAAUUUCCUCAUGAAUGAGGUCUUAGGGAUGCAUUGCUAAUAAUGAUCUAACAUACAGAUACAGUCUUGAAUCCUUUGGGGGUUUUCUUCUGAAUAUCCAAAUGAAACGUGGUGGUGCAUAUUUAAGGAAACGAAACAUAAGAGGAGGGAGCUGGAAAAGUUUAUAUUCUGUUUUGUUUCAUUUGUACAGUGAUCGACAACCUGUCUGUCUCCACUUCUAUGUUUUUAAACUGCAAAGAGAACAAUAAUUUAGAACAGUUCUGUGAAACAUAAGCGUCAUUAUUACUACAGACCUGUAUAGAGGAAAGGACUACAGAAUCCUCAAAUUGUAAUUUUAAUUAAGAAAUUAAUGCCUUGUCAUUUGUUUUUUUCUCAUGAGAUCUAGACUUAAUGUGUCUACAUUUGUGUCUGAUUAGGAGCGGCUUCUGAAGAGACCUUGCUGGUCAUCUCCAUUUAGCAUGCUUCAGCCCUCAGAAUGGUCUUGGAGUGUGUGAACUGGAUUAUCAUUGGAUAAAAUUUAUUUUGGAGAUAAUGUGUGUGACAUUUGAGGGUCAUUUUGUCCAUGGCACUAGCGUGCAAAGUCUUGUCUAAACUAACUCUUCUGGAACAUCACUGUUCUAGCUGCACUGAGGUGCGUACUGAUCACAGAAUCACUGAAUACACUGAGUUAGAAGGGACCCAUCAGAAUCAUAGACUCCAACUCCUUUGCUGUAGAUACAAGGUUAGUCACCUUGAUUAUACAGCAUUUUGGAGCUGACAGGCAGAAUUUAGCCCAUUAGUAUUGGCAAACCAUAUUAACUUGUGCUUUAAAAAAAAGCAUGGGAUCCUCAGUCCAUGCAAAUUAUUUACUUGCAGGGUACCAGUAUUGUGACAAAAUUACAGUACCAGUGAUCAGUUAACAUGUUAUGGAUCAGGAAACACACACAAUUUAUUUUGUCUCCUGCAUUACAUGGGAAUGCAGGAGACAAAAUAAAUUGGAAUACUGAUCUAUGAAAAGACUAGAAUAAACUCCAGACAUGAUAAUACAAAGGAUUUUUCACUGGUGUCCUCUAAAUACAUUUAGGAAAAAUGCUGCCAUGAUGACUGCACUGAAUUUUCUCUGCUCUCCACGGCUGCAAAGAAAAAUUCAAACUAUUCUGGGAGUGCUUGAGAAGGCCUUUGCUGUAUGGGAAGUACCCAUCUGGAUGACACAAGUUUGUGCUGGAAACAACUGACCUCUUAGCAAUUGAUCUAGUUAAGGAUAAUACCAAAGAAAAUUGCGUGUAUUCUUGCAAGUCUUCUUCAACUUGACUGAGAGAGCUGGGGAAGUUGUCAAGGCUGUGGUAAAUUACAGGGGUUUUGUCAUAGAAUCUUUAGGAUGGUUUGUAAGGGACCUUAAAGAUGAUGCAGUUCUAAUGCCCCUGUCAUGGCUUGGGACACCUUCCAUCAUACUGGGUUGCUCAAAGCACUGUCCAGCCUGGCCUUGAACACCUGCAGGGAUGGGAAGUCCACAGCCUUCCUAGGGAACCAGUGCCAGUACUGAAGCUGUUUUGCUUCCGCAUUUUCUGUGAUUUCCACUAAUUAAUCACUGGCACUGUAUGUCUCAUCAUGUGGGUUAAGCAAAACUCAAGAAACAUCAUCAUAACUUUACCCUAUGCCCAGCAGGUUCAAACCAUUUCUCUCCAAUCAUGAGAACCACACAACCUUUCUAACCAAUCUUUCAUGCUUUUGCCACUUUUUAGUUCAUCCUACUGAAAAAAACCUUUUAAUUGGAACCACCAAUGUGUAAAAAUUACUAGAAGAUUUUAAAAUAAGAAGUUAUUCUCAAAUAAUGGCUGCUGACUAAAGUCUGCCUCCCAGUGAAAAUUAUAUUUCAGCAUUUCAGCGCAGUUUUCAUGGCAGAGGCAGAAUGGUGAAGGUGACUGCUAGGCAAGCUGCCUGAGUAGGAGCAGACCUGAAUCACUUCCAGAAUCCACAUAUUUGCACUUGGUGGCAUGUAUCAGUGGCAGCUCUUGCUGCUGUUGAGUACAAGGUGAGUGCAGAGGUUUGGAGUGAUAACUGGGAAAUACAGCAAGGGAAGAAGAGGUGCAUGGGAUGAAUCCAGGGAAAGCUGGGAAAGGUGCUUUAAUGCAGAGAGAAUUGGGGUAAAAGAAAGUUCAUUGGAAAUUAAUAUGAGGACAUCAGGAAAUGAGUUUUAAUAGUACUUAUGCAGACUGUGUAGGUGUUAUGGGGCAUGUAAUUGUGAAGGUGUGCACGUAUGAGGCAAUUUCCAGUAAAAAUAGCUGUGUGUCAUUGAUAGGAUGUAUUCAGUAGGCCCUGACUGGGGAAAAAAAGCAGAUUUGAUGUGAAAAGACCAGCUUUCUGCUUUAAGACCUGCUCUCUGCCUUGAAAGUGAGGAAGUCAUGAAGUUAUAAUUAUUCUGCCCAUACUGUAUGUACGUGUGACAGGGCAGCAGACUCAUGAGCUGGCAAGAAUGCACACCAAGCCCAGGGGAGAGGGAGACUUCAGAGGUAAUUAAGCCAAGACUCAAAAGCACCAGCCAAUUCCUCCUCUGCACCUCCUGGCACAGUUGCCUUGCUUCCCCACUGGUGCCUGUGCCCCCUUUCCCUCCUGACACCUCAAGAGAUCUCCCAGGCAAGCGAGGAGAAGGCAGCUGGCUGUGGGGCCUGGGUGGCCAAGGCACAAACCAGUGCAGCCAUCUGGCUGCACUGACGGAACAUCAAUGAGAAGGGUGGAGCAGCCUGCAGCUUCUUUCAGGGCUGCUGGAAGUCCCAGAAGACUGAGUAUAGGGUAGUGAAAGGGGAUGUGGGCUGAAAUGCCAAAAAAAGAACUGAGUUCAUGUGGCCUUGCCACAUUCCUGGUGUGCAGUGACUCACAAAAGAUAAAAGGAGAUGUCAUCUCUGCAUCCCCUGGCUCAGAGGUGCAGGGGCUCCUCCAGAGCCAGGUGUGAUGUACAGACCCAGCCUCUUAGCCAAACUAAUGGUACUUUGGUUCAGACAACAAAGGAAGCAAAGGUCUAGACCACGACCAGGUUAAAACUUCUCUAGUUCCAACCUGUUCUCUCGCAGUCCAUGCAGGAAAAGGGUGGCAUGGUGAGCAUUAAUGCUAUAAACUUGGAAAUCACAUAUUUCCAAAUACGUGAUUAACACAGGGACAGCAGGCUCAUUUGUCAAGGAACAAGGGGGGGUGUGGGCACAAGGAGUCUCACUUUCACCUUUUCCAUCACUUGUAAUUUGACUGUGAACCAACUGCUUUAUCCCAUAAAUAAGACAGCCUACAUGAGCCUUCUCAGAGCUCUCUGCCUGCUCUCUUCUGUUUGCCUUGUCAUACAUACCAGUGAAGAACUGUUAUUCCUAUCUUCAUAUCUUCUCCUGAGAGCCCCUUAAUUUCAAAAUUAUAAUAAUUUGGAGGGACAAGGUUUACAUUUUUUAUUACAAGGGAGGCUCCUGCCUUCCCUAGCAGACAUCUGUCUUUCAAUCCUAGGCAAUUGGUAAGUGAGCAACAUCAUGCAUAACCUUGUACCAUAGCCCACAAAGACUAUGUAUGCAUUGGUAACUUUGAAUCAUUACUGUAUCUUCUGCACAGUAAAUAACAGAAUGAACCUAUUGUUAAACAACUGUUUGAUAAGUUUCAUUUUCACAGUAUCUUACUUCAAUAAAACCACUGUCGCUGCUAUGGUUCUUGAAGUUGUGGAAAUCUUCCCUGCGUCAGAGGGGCUGUGGGCUCUGGUCUUUGGGGGGUCACCAUCUGUCAUUCUUUGUGAUGGGAUGAGACAAGGACCUGAGCAGGCAGAGGGGGAGGCUGACCUUGGCUGGCUGUGGGAUACCAUUGUCCUGCAGGAAGAACAUGGUGAAAAAGCACAUAUGUUGAGAGAAAGACAGGGAAAUCACUUACCUCCUAUCAUCAGGGUCAUGUUGUAGUUAAGGAAUGGCACUCCCCAAUUUAGUGCUCCCACUGAGACUCCAAACCACGUGCUGCCUGCUCACUCCCUCCUUCCUCCACCCUUUGCAGCUUGAUGAAGAGGAGAGGAGGCACAAGAGGCAAGUAUUGCAGGUUGAUAUAUGAACAACUGACUGCAAACAGCAAUGACAUAUGAAAACAACAGUAACAGGAACAAUGCUAAUGACUGACAGUACAAGAAAGAAGUAAAGAUUCACAUAAAAACAACACCUGACCCGUCCUUCCGCUGGCCCUGCAAGGGACCUCUUCAGAAAAGACCCCUUCCCUGUGGGAAAUAAGAAAAGCCUUAUGGAAUAAGGGUUUUUCACCUUUGUUAAAUCCUGUUCACUUCUGUUCACUUUUGUUCCCAGGAUGUACUCUGGGAAGGGUUCAGCUGUGGGUAAAGAUAAGACCUUGUCGAGCCUCUAAAGGCGGAAAUGAUGCCUUAAGUUUUAGCUUUCAUAUUUUUCAGAUUCUGUGCUGCUUUACUAUGUAGCUCUGAGCUUCAUGUUAAGUGUUGCAAGGAUUCUCUUCAUACAGAAGGCAGACAGAACAAUCCUUUUCCUUGAGACCAAGGACAACUGGUAUAAGCUCCAAGCCCAAAAAGCAUAAACAACAGUGAACUGAAAAGAGAAAAACAAGGAGGAUGGGACUUCAUAACCUGGGGCUAUAACUGGACAAUUAGCUCCAUUAUGCAGAUGGACCAAAACUUAUAAAACUGUGAGACCUUGUGACCAGUCAUCUAUUUUGUGACUAUUUUGGGUUCAUCCUGGCUGUAACCCUGGCUAGGCUCUUGUACUGCCCAAAGUGUAUCCAUUAAGCCCUUUUAGUAAACGUCAACUUUACUCUUUAA